AUGUGCCGUCGUAUCAUGAUGCUCGCAGUGCUUACAAGGGGAUGCAUGACCUUUGGGGAGGUACAAACACUCGCUGGAAACUUCAUCAAUCGUAACUCUGCUGUUCCUCCAAUACACUUGGGUGGGGAUGUGACUUGCAUUUAUCCUUAUUUUUUUUCUUCCCUUUUUGUGUAUGUGCGAAAGGGAGGGGAUCGGUCUAGUGCCACUGGACUGACGUUCAUGGGCCAAUGGCAUGCUUCCACUGGGAGGGCGAAUGAAGAAGAGGUGUGCGAAACGGCAUCUGUCGAGGACACACUCGCACCUCAGCAGGUUCCAGUCCUUGCAUCUGUGCCAAAUGCCAACUGUUCACCUGCUGAUAAACCUCAGCGUGUCCCACAGAUUUUUGGCUUCGGUCCUGGUGAGGAUGUGAAUAGUAUUUUGCCGGUGCCAUUUUCCAUUACAAUCGCCAAUGCUCUCCCUACGAACUGUUGCCCGGCGCCACCCCAGAACCCGCAGUGGUACUUGCUUUACAGUAGUCUGCUUCAUGGUCGUUCGUUCCAGCAUUUAGUCCAGCGAAUAGUGGAAAAGGGAUCCACUAUCAUUGUGAUUAAGAGUAAGGAGUCCCCACAUGUGUUUGGGGGCUUUUGUGAGGAGCCGUGGUUGACUGUUGCCGCGCGGGAGAGGCGAGACAGGAGCCGUUCUGCUGCUGCCCAACGUGCGACACGCGGGGGACAGCGCAUGGACGGGAUUCCACAGCGGCCCACAAACCAAAAUAAUGCCUUCUUUGGUAAUGAGAACUGCUUCCUCUUCUCAGAGGGUAAUGGUGGAACCAUCUACCGAUCCAGACCUUCCAUCAACUCGAAUUUUAUGUACCUUUUUGACUCACACCCACUGGCUACAAAGGAGGGCAUCGGUAUGGGUGGACAACCUGGUCACUUUGGCUGGUUUAUUGACCGGUGGUUGGAGAAGGGGGCAUGCCACGGGGCGCGCUGCACGACAUUUCACAGCCUCCGCCUCAGCGUAAUGGAAGAGUGGACAGUCGAAUGUGUGGAGGUGUACGCUGUGCACCCGGAGAUUGUCGAGNCAGCCUCCGCCUCAGCGUAA